AUGGCAACCACUCCCGUCUCUCUCAUUCUCCUUUCACUCUUCUUCUCCCUCUCUCUCCAUGCUCAAGCUCAAGCCCCAAAAGCACCUGCCCCGGCGCCUUCCGGUCCGGUUAACCUCACCGCGAUUCUUGAAAAGGGUGGUCAGUUCGGCACACUCAUCCAACUCUUGAACAAGACUCAAACAUUUAACCAAAUUGAAAAUCAGCUCAACAGCUCUUCUGAAGGCAUGACUAUUUUUGCCCCGACUGAUAAUGCCUUCAGCAAUCUUAAAUCUGGUUCUUUAAAUGGUCUUACCCAACAAGAACAAGUUCAGCUUCUUCAGUACCACAUGUUGUCUAAGUUCUAUACUGUAAACAACCUUUUGCUGGUCAGUAACCCUGUUCCCACCCAGGCCUCAGGCAAAGAUGGUGUUUGGGGUCUUAACUUUACAGGUCAAAGCAACCAACUCAAUGUGUCCUCAGGGAUGGUUGAGGUUCAAGUUAACAACGCUUUAAGGAAAGAAUUUCCUUUGGCGGUAUACCCAGUUGACAAAGUAUUGUUGCCUGAGGAGUUGUUCGGUGUCAAGCCACCAACUGCAUCACCUCCAGCACCAGCAACAAAGGAGACAUCAUCAGGAAAGUCCAGUCCAAAAGAAGCGGCUGCAGAACCGUCAUCCGGUAAGAACUCAGCUGGUGGAAGGAAGGUAGCUCUGGGCUUGGUUGUUGGGCUUGGUUUGGUUUGCAUGGGAAUCCUUUCUUGA